UAGUAGCUUAAGAAAAGUGAAAGACAUGGAUGGAGUGACUUCAUCAAUCAACACAUCCUCAAUAAACACCCAGAAUAUGACGUGUAAUCCAAUGGAAACAUCCAAACACCCUUUCCUUAUCUUUGUCUACUCUCUUCUGUUUCUGGUUGGUUUGAUCCUCAACAGCUUCACCAUGUGGUUUCAUUGCUGUGGAGCUCAAAGACAAGUUGCCAAGAGCUUGAUGAUUUACAUGAAACAUCUGACAGCUGCUGACCUUUUACUCUGCAUUAGCCUCCCAAUGAGAAUCCUUCACUAUAACAGCAGGUUGUUCUCUAUUCACCUGCUCUACUGCAGUGUUGGAGGGCCGCUGCUGUUCCUCAACAUGUGUGCCAGCAUCCUGUUCAUGGGUUUCAUUGCAGCUAACAGGUACAUGAAGAUCUUUUAUACUUCAGGAACUCACUUCCUAAUGACUACCAAAGCCAGCCACAUCAUCUCAAUUAUCACCUGGUUUAUUCUCCUGACCAUGGCAACGCCAUACACUGUCUUUUUGCUGACCACCCACGAACCUACUCCUAAUCAUGACACCUGUGAUCAUCUGCUAAAUGAAAGUAUACGACCAUUAUACGGAGGAGGUCAUGCUGUUAGUGCCAUCAUCUUCCUGAUAGUGCUCCUCUCCUUGGUCUUUUUCUACUGUAGCUCUUCCUGCAGGGUGAGGCAGAUCCAGCAGAAACAACAGGGCUCCUCCAACUCCGAGAAGCUUGUAAAGUCUCGUAGGAACAUGUUGGUCUUAGUCAGUGUUUUCUGCUUUUGCUUUGUUCCUUAUUAUGUUGUUCGACUUCCAUACAUCCUUUUGGAAGGAAAGUGUUCUGUGGUGUUUUACUACCUGAAGGAGGUGACUGUCUUAAUAUCAGUCAGCAAUAUAUGUCUGGAUCCUCUUAUUUAUGUUUUUCUUUGUGAGGGCUUUAGGGCUCAGCUUAACCUGAAACAAAUGUUCAAAACAGAAGGCAACAAAAGUACCUCAAGUUUAAAGGAAAGACACACUGAAGAUCAAUCGGACAUGUUAACAUUACCUUAGAGCUCCUGUAUCAGUGAAGGCAGAACAUCAGGCACUGGAACCAUCAGUCCAACUUUUUGACUGCUUAGUGUGUUUGGAACAUGCAACAGCCAUCAGCUGGAACACCUCCACAACUUUUAGGAAAAUAAACCUUUUUAGCUUAACUUGCAUGAUAGAUUUAGAGAGGUUUAAAUCUGCUUCUAAAAUUGAGAAUAAGUCAUCACAAACAUGGUCCAGAUUGACUUAGACCAAUUUUCUGUCAUUUUGUAGAUUCUGUGACUGUUGGAAAUUUCUUUUUCAUUAGCUUUCAGAUAGUAAAUGAGUAGUAGCUUAGCAUUGGAAUGAACAUUUCCAUUUUCAUUUCCAAAUGUAAACAAUGUGGGAGAGAAAACAUGGUACAAAAUGUAAUGAUAUGGAAGUUCAGACCAGUAUAAUGACAAAUAUAUAUGGUGCAAAACUUCAUUGUUACCUGCUGCAUAAACAUGUUUUUUGUUUCAGAAGGCUUUUUUUUUCACAUCAUCCUCUGCCAGAGCGUCUAAUUUAAGCCAGAGUGUAUAAUUUAAAUAUUUUCUGUAAUUUGAUAUUUGUAUUCCAGCAACAACAUCUUCAUGCAGGAUGCAAUCAAUGCAAUUGACCAGUGAUCAGCCUAUAUAACCUUGAACAUAAACUGAUUACCUACAUUGGACUAAUAAUUCUUCAGCAUGAUUGUUUAUACUGCACCAUUACUUUACUACAAGACCAUGAUCUUAGACCUGGCAAAGGAAUCAAAUGCAUCCUAAAGAUAUGUCCAAAUUGCUAAAUUCUGAAAUGAAAAUGGCUGUAUCUUUGAUAAAGGCAAAGUAUUCCAGCCACUGCAAAGACUUGAUUAUCUGUCUGCGUUUGGUUCUUGAGACAUCUUAAAGCAUAUGGUGGGGAAACCAUUUUGGUGUGUUCACAUUAUCUAUGUGAACCCAGCAAAAAAAAAAGAAAAUCGAAAUUUUGAGGUAUUUUUGCUCACCCAAAAUAGCAAGAAAGCAUCAGCAAUUCACACAACUGGCCAAAAUCUCCACAAUGUCAUGAAAUCAUCUGGUUGUUGGCUUUAUUGACUUUAGAGAGCCAAACAGUAGCACCAGUGUCCUACUCCUUUAGUUUCCUGCUGCAAAGUUGCUGAAUUAAAGCUACAGUGUGUAAUUUUUAGUGACAUCUAAUUGUCAGACUGCUGACUGCAGCAAUAUGAACUUCUCCACACACCUGUCACAACAGUGCAAAAUGGCUUCUGUCAAGUGAUAAAGAAGUUUGUAGAAGCCAUUAUGUACAAGCUCUAUAAAAGAAGGGAAAUGAUGUGUGUAUGGGCAUGUGUUUCACCGGAAAAAGCAAACCGGUUUGACCACUUGGCGGGGAAACACUAUCAACUCACAGC